CGGUUUGCGUGUCAAAGACCAGUACGAGUACCAGGUCCCACUACGUUCACCGUAGCCGUUGGUAUGAUGCCUUGGAUGGUGGUACCGGAGAGGUAGUAACAGAAGACUAACCACCAACCUUCCUUUCAUCAGUUAGUUAGUCCAGUUGACAGUCGCACCUGUUGUCCCAUUCGCUUCACUACACAAGUUUCAUCUAUCUAUCUCUUGCUACAGGUACAGGUAGCUAAUAGUGGGUGGCGAUGAGCCAACGGCGACGCUCGUCUCUGUUUCCUUGGGCAGAAGCCAAGGCGAUUCCGGUUUCCAAAUGGGGUAUAUCCAAGUCUCAUUUCAUCGAGUUUGUCAAUGAAGUCAACUCGUACCAGAAGAAGGGACUCAUCAAGAACGAUCAUCUGCCAUACCCUCUUCCCAGUGAUGAUGCCGGAGAUUUGUUUGACAAACAGGGCAAUGAACGAAUAGUCGACUUUGUUCCCAAGACGUACCAAUACAGUGAUAUCAAGUUCAAUGACCCCAACAUUGGACCCACCAUCUUUCAGAUCACAGAGCAGAUUGUAAAGCCGCUCGUCGAAAACAACGGCACUCUUCCCGGGCUCAGUGGCGCAGCAUCGCAUCCGGAAGCGAUCAAAGCACGUCGGAAAACCAUUGCCGCCAUUGGAGAUGGAUUUGGUCUCACCAGUACCACAGCAGCAGCAGCAGCAACAACCGCAACAAACACGACAAAGAGAUCCUCUACCGGUACUAGUUUAUCCGAAGCCCUGCCCAAAUCCAGUUGGGCGUUGCUCAAGAAUCCCAGUGGCUUGGAUAUCGAUCUAUUUGUGGCUCAUUCCUGGGCCGCCGGAAUCUACGAAUUUGCCAGUCACUUGCUCAAAGAAUGGCCCGAUGAUUGCAACGGUGCCUACAUUUGCUUUCUCUCCAAUCCACCCAAUCUGGACAGGAAACUAUACAGCGCCAGUGGAAAUCUACAAGAUAACAUCUUUUACAAGGUACUACAAAUCAAGCAAAUGAAACAAAUGGUCAUGAUAUCCACACAGAAUGCACCCAUCCACAGACGUGCUUGGUGCUGCUUUGAAGCCUACGUGGCCAUGAAACAGGGGCUUCCCAUUACCAUUGGGGGAGACAAAAAAUACCUCUCCGCCAUGCGCAAACGAGUGCGAGACUGCAAGAAAACAAACAAACAACUCGAACGACACACACAGCAACUCAUGCAAGGAGAUCAUCAAGACCGAUACCAACGGCACAAGGUGAUUGUACAGAGCAUGACCGAUCUGGUCGCGCUCAUUGUCGUUUGCUACGCCACCAUUGCCGCCUGUUUGCUCGUGCCCAUUAUCCUAGUGGAAGAUCGACUCCCCAGUGAAUUCGUCGCACCCUUCAAGUCACUCUUCAAUUUCAUUUGCAACGUGGCCAGUAUGAUGCUAUUCCCCGUCAUUUACUUGUCCAAAUUCUGUUGGUGGUGCAUUCAAUCCUGGUCACUCAAACCCGUCGAUGAGACACUGCACAAGGCCGAAGCGGCAGAACACGAAUUGCACGAAGUCAAGCGCAGUGCCGUCGAUGUCCGGUUGGCACAAGCCAGUAUGGAAUUGGACAAAGCGACCAUAUUGCGGGUGAUUGGAGAAGAUGCCGAUACGUUCAAUGAAAUGCUCACCAACUUGAUCCUCAACAAGGUUACCAUCUCGUACGGAACACCCAUGGGAGCCGAGAUUUCGUUUGUGACCAAUUAGACAAAAUGCAUGAUUGAUGCACGGUGCGCAAUCCUGCAUUUAUUUUGCGUACCGGUACGUACGUACAUACCUAGAUGAAUACCUACCUAUACCUACAUUCCGUAGUGGACAACACGACGACGACAAGCAAGACAGUGGUUUUUCGGGUAGCAAGCUAAUUUUACAUGAUAACACGUCCUUUCCC